GGGGCUUGUCACGUGACUUCGUUCCCGCCCGGCUCGUCGCGCUUCUGCUCAGCAACUCUCCUGCGUGAGGGACAGACGCUGGGACCCGACGGCGCAGCCGCAGGAACGAGGAUAAUCCCAAUUUUUUUCACGAUUAUUUGGGAUUGGCUAUGAUUGAUAGCUGAAAAUACACCCCUCUCUAUAUGAAAGAAUAGCUGAUAAAUACUGGUAACCUUAUGAAAUGGUGAAAUUAAUUUGUACUUUAGCAGAUCACAGUGACGAUGUCAACUACUGUGCCUUCUCUUCUUCCUUCUUGGCUACAUGUUCUUUGGACAAAACUGUCCGUCUGUAUUUACUAAGCAAUUUUGAAGAGCUUCCUUACUCACCAUUAAAAGGCCAUACUUACGCUGUUCACUGCUGCUGCUUUUCUCCUUCAGGACACAUUUUAGCUUCAUGUUCUACAGAUGGCAACACAGUUCUGUGGAACACUCAAAAUGGACUGAAGCUAGCCAUUCUCGAGCAUCCCUCAAGAAACCCUGUAAGAAUUUGUCGAUUUUCUCCUGAUUCCUUGUAUUUAGUUUCAGGAGCAGCUGAUGGCAGUGUAAUUCUUUGGAAUGUUCAGUCUUUGAAAGUCCAUCGAUCCAGCAGUGUUAAGGAUGGCUCUUUAGUGGCCUGUGCAUUUGCUCCCAAUGGAAGCUUCUUUGUGACGGGAUCAUCAUGUGGAGAUUUAACUGUGUGGGAUGACAAAAUGAGGUGCUUGUAUAAUGAGAAAGCUCAUGACCUUGGAGUCACCUGCUGUGACUUUUCUUCACAGCUAGUUUCAGGUAAUAAACAAGAAUUCCUGAUGGCUUCUUCUGGGCAGGAUAAUGUAAUUAAGAUAUGGAUUGUUUCGUCUGCUGAUCCCAUAGGUAUGGACUUAAAAUGUAAACAUAUAUUGAGUGGACAUACUGCUCCAGUUCUGGCUUGUGCUUUUUCCGGUGAUGGGCAAACAAUAAUAUCGGGAUCUGUGGACAAAACAGUUAUUCUUUUUGACACUAACACUGGGAACAUCCUACACACUUUGACUCAGCAUACCAGGUAUGUUACAACGUGUGCCUUUGCACCAGAUAUUCCAUUAUUUGCAACAGGUUCUAUGGAUAAAUGUGUGAACAUCUGGCAGUUUGAACCAAAACAACUUUUCACAGAAACUACACUAAAAGAGAGUCCAAACACAUCCAUUGAGAACUGGUCAGAGGAAGAUGUUUCAAUUUGGCUAUGCAAUCAUGGUUUAAAAGCCCUAGUUGAGAUUUUCCAGAAGAAUAACAUUGAUGGUAAAGAACUCCUGAGUCUUACCAAAGAAAGUUUGGCUGAUGAAUUAAAAAUUGAAUCUCUGGGCCUUCGCACCAAAGUAUUAAGGAAUAUUGAAGAACUGCGGAUGGAAAGGAAAUCUGCCCUUGAGGGUGUGCCUGAUGAAUUCCUGUGUCCUAUAACUAAGGAACUUAUGAAAGAACCAGUCAUUGCUGCAGAUGGCUACUCCUAUGAGAAGGAAGCAAUGGAAAACUGGAUUGUUAAUAAAAGGCGCUCGAGUCCCAUGACAAAUCUCCCUCUUCAGAGACUUGUACUUACCCCAAAUAGAACUUUGAAAAUGGCUAUAAAUCGCUGGUUAGAAACACAGUCAAUGCACAAUCAAAAUCCACUGUUUUAAAUAACGAAUAUUCCUUCAGAUUACAGGAGGUGGGUAAAUUCACGGUGUACUUCUGGGUUUCAGUAUCUGACAUGUCUGUAAAUGAAUCUUAUAAAUUCCUUUACACCUAAAUGUGAAAACUGAAAAAAAAGAAACAUUCUGUAGAGACAGAAUUAUAGAAUAUAUAAAACAAAUGAUCAUCGAAAAUGUUCACAUGAAAAGUAAAGCUUGUGGACAUCUUUUGCAGCUAAGCGUAUGAAGCCCUUUGUGGCAGGAAGCAUAGUAGGGCUUUGAAAAAUUUUCAUCAUUGGCAUUUUAGAUUUUGCAUACCCCGAUUAUUAUUUGUGGCCUGGGACACCAGUCAGCCCUGGCAAAAGCACUCUGGCUAGAAGCCAGCACUUGCAUCCUGCUUCUUUAUUAGCUAUUACGUAUCUUCGGUGGAGCAUACCUAAGUACUGAAUGACAAACCUCUCAAAACUAUGCUGAGAAGCUAAUUAAGUGGGGAGACAUCAGUGCUGUUUCCUACAACUGCUAUGCUCAUAAUAUACAGCACAAACAAAUCGUGUGGGGGGUGUGCCCCAACUCACAAGUAGUCUGAUGUGCAGUGAUUAUCAUGCUCACUAGAGGAUCAGCAUGGAGCCUGUCACCGCAGAGCGAACGAACAGGAAGUCGGUCUCAAAAGGCUGGAAAAGUAACCCCCUUGAGCCUGGUAUGCGGCCAUUAAAUUCCUGACCAACCCUAAAGGUGUGUCACUGAUGAAACUUUAUCUUGUAGCAACAAACUGCAUACGGCUGGAUCAUAACCUAUAUUAAUAGUCUUUUAUUUCAUAUGGGAAAAAUACAGUAGCUGUGCAAAAAAAUAGAUCUACAGAACGAGAGAAUAAAAUAAGAUUGUACAAAUACCAAGAGAAACAAUAAAUAAGCUAAAGAGUAACAAUUCA